CGGCGUAGCGGCUGCUCCCGCCGGGCCCAGCGCUAACUGCGUCGCCCUCAGCCCCGCUCAGAGCGUCCAUGGCGCGGCCCGAGGCCGGUUAUGAGGCGGCGGUGCCGCCCCGCCCCGCCUGCACCUACACCAGCUGCUACUGCGAAGAAAAUGUUUGGAAGCUUUGUGACUACAUCAGGAGUCAGGAUCGGUACCCUUUAGAAGAAUUUUACGCUGUUUUCAUAUCCAAUGAUAAGAGGAUGAUUCCACUCUGGAAGCAGAAGUCUGGACAUGGAGAUGAGCCUGUUGUCUGGGACUACCAUGUUAUUCUACUUCAUCUUUGCAGCGGGGAGCAGAGCUUCAUUUAUGAUCUGGACACAGUGUUGCCCUUUCCCUGUCCUUUCCAUGUGUACAGUGUGGAGGCCUUCAGGUUGGAUGACAGCCUUCGGCCGGAGUUUCACAGGAAAAUCAGAAUGGUUCGAGCAGAUUUGUACUUGAAGACAUUUGCUUCAGACAGAUCUCACAUGAAGGAUGCAAACGGGAAAUGGCAGAAGCCUCCUCCUCCCUACCCUUGCAUUGAAACUGCAGAUUCCAAGAUGAACUUGGAUGAUUUCAUCAGUAUGAAUCCCGAAGUGGGAUGGGGCUCAGUGUUCUCCCUUUCAGACUUUGUGCAUCGAUUUGGCAGUCAGACUGAUUACAGCUAUGCCUUGGAAGGACAGUGAAGUGAGCAGAGUUCCUCUGGCUCUGAGUGGAUGUGUUUUGUUUUGCUGCUCUUACAUUGUAUUUAUGGUUUACAUUUCUGUACAUGCAAUAGGUAUUUGGAAAAAUGGAACACCCAGAGAGAAAUAUCAUUAACUGAAUAAAAAUCUUUAUUUUAAUUAUGUAAGAAUGCACUUGGUUUUGAAUGUCAAAUCAAAGGCAGACAUGCCACCAUAAACAUAUUGCUUUUCCAGCUACUGUGCCUAAACUGAAAAAUGCAAAAAAAGCUUUUGGAAAAAUAUGUGCAUAAAAUUCUGAAUAUUGUAGCCUAAAUUGCUACAAGUUGUCACAUUUUAAAAGUGGGAUAUGGUUUUUCUUCAUGUUGUGAUUGCUGUCAAUCAUAUGUAAACAGACAGUACAUCUCAGUUUCCUCACUAGCUUUACUGAUUAGUCCUUGUUUAGCAGAAGUGUAAAGGGAAAAUUGAUUUAGUAGUUCAGUUGUGAACUCCCAUGCACUGUGUAAAACCAGGUGAGCAUCCAGGUUUGUGUGCUGCACCAGGGGAGAAUUAAAUCCUGCCAUUUCAGUGAAGUGUUCUAGUGCUGACAGUUCCUGGAAGAUGCAGUUGCUAUUUUUGCUUGUCAUGCUGGCUGUGCAUUCUCACCUGCUCCCAUCUUCUUGCACUUGGUGUUUGUUUGGCCUUGUGAUAAUUCAGGGUAGUUCUGACAGAAAGAAGGAAGUUUUGUUGAGGUUUUUUUUUUUUGCUUCUUGGUUCCUUGAGCUGGCCUGCCUUGAGGUCAGACAGCUGCUCCUGCUGGUGUAAGGAAAUCAGCAGGGCCAUAUGGCUGGGGGGAAGGGAGUGAGAAAGCUCCCUGUUCAGGGCUGCCUGCUGCUGAAUAUCCUCAGAGGUGAUGCCAAGCUGCAUCCCUGCAGGGCAUCCCAGGAAAGCCUCGUGCUGGCUGAGGGCUUGCAGCAGUCUCACACUUCUUAGUGUGGAAUUGCAGAAACAGGCUAAAAUGAGGUCUUUAAUUCUCAGCUCUGGACUUGUGCUACUUUAUACCCUAGCACAUCACAGGCUCACAGACUGGUAGAAGAACACAGGUUAGAAGGGUCAGGCAGUCCCUGGUCCAAUGAGAUCAGACCAGGCUGCUCAGGGCUUUAGCCAGUCAGGCCUUGGAAACCUGCUGGGA